AUGGCAUCUACCACGUCCAGCAAGCGCGCCAAGAGAUUGGUUAACAAGCUGUCGGAGUUGCAAUACCACGAUCAGGAGUUGACUGGUCCCAUCUGCCUCUCUAUUAAGCACGAUCUGCGGAGCAGCAAGUAUUGCAAGCUUGCACAGGUCUUUUCCGGCCCAGACACCGUGCUGGACAUUCCUGUAGCACGUGGCAGUGCUCGGAAGUUCAUCGUUUCUCAGCUUGAGGCCCAGAAACUGACAAACCAGGAAACAUCCGUCGUCUUUUUCAGCCCUCUGAUCCGCUACAUUGUGUCCUGCCUUCCCCCUGUUCGCGGAAAGUGGCCACCCACAGCUGCAACUAUUUUCACUUGGCACUGCUUCCGGACGCACCGAACGUUCUGCAUAUUCGCCUUUGUCGACUGUACCACCACAAUGCCAUCCUACAAGUACACAGCUCAGCAGCUCCUCGAGCUCCGGGCGUUUGGCGUACCGAUGUCACUUGAGGAUGCGCCCCAGAAGGGGGUGGAUCACGGCAUUCAAACGGGAUCCGCGGGUCGUCAGAGUGGUAGUGAAUCUCGCGAAUCUCGUACGCUUGGCCGUUUCCACAAAUAUAGGCCGUUCCAUACCCAGCAGUCAAGCACAGCGCGCUCUCGAAUUGAUUUCCCUGGUGCGCCCGAUGAGAUUGUCUAUGUCACGCGGCAGCCACGCCGUGAGGCUGCGACUGGCAAUCCGGCCGAAAUGGAAUGGCGAUAUCGUGGCAGGGUGGGCUCCGAAGCUACGUCGGCCGAGCCUCUCUCCGCGCCGACCGGUAUCAAUGCUCAGCAAAGCGAGGGCUUUCAGCGGUUCUACAAAGCUGUCAUUUCACCUACACACGUUCGAGUCACUGCUGGUGGCCGCAUUGUCCCUAACACGCGAGGCACCUCGCCCAUGUCAAAGCGCCCCAAGGACAAAGGAGAUGAAGGUGAUCUUGCUAAAGAUGCCAAUCCGCCGCCGGAUGACCAGACGCAGCGGGUCCCCGAUGGCCCAUACUUAGCUGGACCGCACCCAUCCAACUUGCCGCUGUAUGCUUUCCCUCCCCACCACCCAUUCUACCCUCCGUUCCCAGCUCCUAUGCCUAGAAUGUCGAUGAUGCCGCUACCCUUGGGACUCGCGAUGCCUGGUGGGUUUCCGUUUCCUCCUCAACCAGGGCCACCAGGCACUGCUUCUCAGAUGCUCCUGCCGGAGGCCGAGAAGAAUUUUGCCAAGGAAAAUGUGCAAAACGGCAAUCGCAGAGAGCCGUCGAACUUCAAGACACCGACGUUUGACAAAACACGCGAGCAUCCCAUGCACCUGCCCUCCGAGCAGCUUGAUCGUACGAAACCAUUUAUAGUCAAUGGCCAGAUGGUGUACCCCUUUGCGCCUCCAGCUGUUCCGCCUCAUAUCGCGGUAGGUCCACCUUCUCAGAUUCCCUCCGGGUUUCUUGGAAAUCCCAACUUUCCUCUCGCCUUGUUCCACGGGUCUCUCAUGACUCCAUCGCAGGCCGGGAUGAACCACUUGUUUAAUUCACCCCUGGGCUUCCCAAGUCUUCCCGGGCCGUUCCAGGCACCUCAAGCGAAUCCAACGCAUCCCGGUCAAUCUGCCGUGACAAAUGCUGGUUCAGUUCCAUCGUCGGAAAAUGCACCACAGCUUCCCUCGGCCCCCCCUAUUUCGUCAAUCCGACCAAGUGAAAUAAGCAGGAAGCAGAUCGAGAUGCUUCGGGGUUCUUUGAAAUACCACGAAGACCAGUUGCUUUACAACAAACACCAAAUUGACGAGAAGGAGAUGGAACGAACCAUUCGAAUGCUGCAAUCCCAGAUUGACAGAUUCGAAGCCUUGAACCAAAACCAGCUUCGUUUUGAAGAAAACCACUAUCCAAAGAAGGAGCCCAUUGCAGCUGAAACAAAUGGACCAGAGCGUCGCGCUAUCGAUCGGGCAUCUCGUUCAAGUGCAUCCAUGCAAGGUACAGUGAAGCAUGUCUCCAGCAGCACUAGACGUUCACACAGCAUUCGCCACAAACAAGUCCUCAGAAGGAAGGAACCUCUCUUUCAUCUGAAUCCUGUUGACCCAUCGUUUGCACUGUCUGAUCCCAUCAAAAAGUCGACCCUUCCUAUCAAGGCUGCACUUGCACCCCCGUUUGAACCUCGCUCUUUGGCCAUCGCAGAAGCGCAAGCUCCUCGUGUUCGAGGAUCGUUCCAAUGGGACGGUGCGUCUGUCGACGAGAGCAGUGCUGUAGACCAAAACAAUGAUGGCCGCGCCUACGGAGUCCGGGGUCCAAGCCAUGACAAGAAGCCAUCUGUUGUCACAACUAACAACAAAUCGGACUUGUCAAAGCCGUAUCUGGUCGGCACCCUUCCAGCCGGCAUUGAUCCCCAACAUGCACGAGACAGCGACUACGUCUAUGAGCGAGAACUUACUCAUGACGAGACCCGCUCACGGUACUUAUUCUGGGGAAGGGCGCCGUCCUUCACGCGCAAAGGCCUGCCUAAGUUUGACGGAAAAGACUUUUACCCCCCUUCUCCUGCCAACGACGCAAUCGGCGAUAGUCCACCACCCCCUUUAUUGGGCCGCCAUGUUCCGAUUGGUGCCCCCGAUGUUGACUAUUACACGGGGGCUUUCCAGCCAGAGGUUACCCAAGCUUCUCAGGCGGGCAACCCCGGUCGGUACGCAUCCGAGUUUCGAAGAGAAAGACAGAAGCCCGUCAAGGUCACUCUGAGGCGUCCUGAUUCGGACGCGCUCGAAGACCGGUCGCAGGUGAACGACAAGAAUCCCAAGGGUUUCGAAGAGGCGCCAAAGGACGUCACUCAGGGUGGAAAACAGGAUACGCAGGCUAAUAAUACAAGGUCCAAGUUAUUGCAUACUGUCCUGAAACGGAAUAUCUCUACCAAUAGCGAGGUAUUGCCGGGUGCUCUCACAUCAGCUACCGUGCAAGGUGUUCUUCCUCAAUACUCAACUGGUUACGACAGUCUGGUGGCUGCGUCUCUGAGCUCGGUCCACUCGUCGCCUGUGGCACUAGGUCGCCUCUCGCCAAUCAAGUCAGAUGAUGGCAGCAGUAUCUUCGUCACCCCGGCAUCGAGAAGGAUUGGAGAGAACCGACCGCCGCCAGAGAGUGUCGGGCCCACCUCCCUUGAGCAGCAGUUCCAAAAAAGAAUGACACUCGUCGAAAGCAACCACGAUGUCAGUCCUUGGGACAGCCUCUGA